GGCGCUUCCGCAAAGAUGGCGGCGGCGGGCGGCGCGCGGCUGGCGGCCUGGAGCGGAAGGCUGAGGCGCGGGUUGUCUGCCGGCCGGCGGGCCUUGCCAGGGCCCGGGCCCGUGGCGGCGGCAGUGGCCGGCGUGGCCCUGGCGGGAGCAGGAGCGCUGCGAUACCACGGCCGCGUGAAUGUGGCGGCGCCCCAGGGCAGCCUCACCGUCGUAGCCCAGAAAAAUGUUGACUAUGGAGAGACAAUGGGGAAGUCGUCCCUUCGUAAACAGCGCUUCCUGCAGUUUGCGUCCCUGGAGCAUGAGGGAGAGUGUUACAUGACACCACGAGACUUCCUCUUUUCGGUCAUGUUUGAGCGCAUCGAACGUAAAACUUCAGUCAAGAAGCUGACAGACAAGGACAUCGAGGACGUCCUGGCGGGAAUCAGAAGAGCUAGUUGUGGGUCAACGUUUUUCAGAGACCUUGGCGAUAAAGGGCUCGUUUCGUACACUGAGUAUCUGUUCCUGCUUACAGUCCUCACUAAACCCCAUACUGGGUUUCAUGUUGCAUUUAAAAUGCUGGAUGCAGAUGGUGAUGAGAUGGUUGAGAAAAAGGAAUUUUUUAAGCUGCAGAAGAUCAUCAGUAAACAGGAUGACCUGAAGACAGCAGUAGCUAGUGAAACAGAAUGCCAGGAAACAACAGUGAAAGAACCUGAGAUUAACACAACCCUUCAGCUACGUUUCUUUGGGACAAAAGGGGAAAAAAAACUGCAUUAUAAAGAGUUUCGUAAAUUUAUGGAAAACUUACAAACCGAGGUCCAAGAAAUGGAGUUCCUGCAAUUUUCUAAAGGUUUGAGUUUCAUGAGAAAAGAAGACUUUGCAGAGUGGCUCCUUUUCUUCACUAACACUGAAAAUAAAGACGUUUAUUGGAAAAAUGUGCGAGAGAAGUUGUCAGCAGGAGAGAGCAUUAGUUUGGAUGAGUUCAAGUCCUUCUGUCACUUUGCGACCCACCUGGAGGACUUCGCCAUUGCCAUGCAGAUGUUCAGCUUAGCUCAUCGCCCUGUCCGGCUGACGGAGUUUAAGAGAGCUGUGAAGGUAGCCACGGGCCAGGAGCUCUCAAACAAUAUUUUGGACACCGUCUUCAAGAUCUUCGAUUUGGAUGGUGAUGAAUGUCUCAGUCACGAAGAGUUUCUUGGGGUGUUAAAAAACAGGAUGCAUCGAGGCUUAUGGGUACCACAGCAACUAAGCAUUCAAGAAUACUGGAAGUGUGUGAAAAAAGAAAGCAUCAAGGGAGUAAAAGAAGUCUGGAAACAAGCUGGCAGAGGCCCUUUAUAGACAAGAUAACAUGGGAAUUGCUUUGCUCCGAGAGUCAGAGUUGGGGAUUUUUUCCAAGUCCUGGAUGUUUAUGGUCCAAAGUCCUCACUCUUUUCCUUUGUGAUAUAAAGAUGCCUCGUCUUUGCUUCUGAUUCAGUAGUUUCUUAGUCCGAUUUCAUUAAAGAGCUUAGUAAAAAGAAAAGAAGUGUUCUUUUACGAAGACAAAUAAUUGGAUUCUGUCAGAAGCCUGGGGUUGAAAUAAGGCUUUGACUUUGAUAAGAUGGAACACCUAGUACUCACUGAUUUCUCAGCACCGAGUGUUUUCUGGGAGAGUCCACAAGUAUCCGCCAGAAACGUCCCUGACACACGAGGCCAGGACCCAGCCUGCACGCCCUGGAGGUCCUGUGAGGACCCGUUUGCUUCAAACACUUCAGGUUUUCUCAUCUGCACCUUACAUCUCAUGAAUUCUCGUGUGUUUUAUUUCAGGGAGCUGUGUGUUAGUUGUCUUAAAAAAUAAUAUUUAAAUUUCAGGAUUCUAUCUGGAGACAGAACCAACUAUAAAGAUAAAAAAUUACAGAGGUGCGUUUUGCAUUUUUAUAUGUGCUGUUUUAAAACUACUAUUUUUAACGAAAUACUCUCAUUCAUUGACAACCUCACUAGUUUGUAUUCUUGAAAUCUAGUGUAAUUAGGAGAACCUUGAUCACAAGAUAAGGGUCUCUUGAGAUAUAUGGGCUAUGGGUAAAUGUUUAAAAUGGUACUAGAAAUUAAUUGGCAUUAAUUGUAAAAUGGCAUAUUUUAAACAUGGCAAAGAAAAAUUAUUUUUUAAUAUGCUUCUCAAAUAGGACUACUGCAGAUACUUAAACCGUGGUCCACUCGGGAUAAAGAGCUGAUUCCAAGGUGGGGCAGGGGAGGUUCAAGAUGAGCCUGGACCGUCAGAGGCGAGGGGGCGGCACUCUUGGAAGAUGAGGGCCAGCCAGGAGUGGGGUGGGCGGGGCAUCCUGGCCGGGUCUGGGACAGCUUGAGCAUCACAGCGAUCAGUGCAGGGAGGGAUCGCAGCCUGCUGAAUGAAGUGAGAGAGUUCAUGAGCUUCCUCCGCAAAUUGAUUGAUUGACUGACUGACUAUCCGACUGACUGAUUGACUGAUUGAUUGAUGGAUGGAGUAAGAGGAGCCUCUCCUUACCAUUGUGAAGGGAUAAGGCCUUGUAACAUGUGAAUGAAUCUGCUAACUUGGAAGGCUCUCUUGUAAUUUAAUGGUUGAGAUUGACAAGUGGUGGUAAAAGCUUUUGUCCAGUUAUUUUUAAAAAAUCACCAAUUAGAUAAAAAAUUGUUCUAACUCA